AUGUCGGCGAUCGUCGGGCACGACCACAGCGGCCCGCCGCCGUCCCCGCUCCACCUGCUGGAGGUGACGGUCAUCUCCGCGCAGGACCUGCACCGGCGCCACCGGCUCAGCCACCAGGUGCGCGCGUACGCCGUGGCGUGGAUCGACGGCACGCGGAAGCUGCGCACGGAGGUGGACCUCGCCGGCGGGGCCGACCCGACGUGGAACGACCGGUUCCUCUUCCGCGUCGACGCCGCGUUCCUCAAGUCGGAGACCGCCGCCGUCGUCGUGGAGGUGCGCGCGACCCGGAGGUUUGGCUCUGAUGUUGUUCUCGGGCGCACGGGGAUCGUGGUGAGCACGUUCGUGCGCGUGCACUCGUCCAGGUUCGCCGCCGCCGCUCCUGCGGUGGCCGUGGCGCCCACCGGGCGGCAGGUGGCGGCGCUGCAGCUCAGGCGCCCGCGGUCGCUCCGGCCGCAGGGCGUGCUCAACGUGGCGGUGACGCUGCUGGGCGCCGCCCAGGCGCGCGCCGUGGCGCCCAUCUACCACAUGCCGGGGUCCCCGGACGCGUUCGCCAUGAAGGACCUCGUGGCGAUGAGGCCGGCGCCGUUCCUGUCCGAGAUCACGGAGGAGGGCGCGGCCGAGGCGAGGGAUCUGGAGUACCACGCGCGGCGCCAGCGGCCGUUGGUUGAGCACUCCGGGCCGCUGGACCCGAGGGGCGCCGCCAUCGAGCAGAGCAAGCUGGCCAUGAAGCUGGAGAAGUGGAGGGUCGAUCUGUCCCCGGACCAUGGGGAUCAUGACGGCCGCGGCGGCGGCAGGUCAGGGAGGUGGCUGCGCCGGACCUCCUGCUUCGGCCGCCAGGAGAGCUGGGAAAGGUAA